UGUAGUUUCUCGGCCUGAAAACGCGAAAUACAUAACGUUGUUCGGUUUAAAACGUAAACGGUGUGCGCCGUAACAACAAUUACAAUGGCCGGUAUAAGAACAGUUAACGGAAAAUUCUCGGGAGUCAACCCGGCUGUCAGCUGCUGUCGUCUGCGGCAGGUUCAGUCUCUGCUAUGUGAGGGUGGUGCUGCCACUCCGGAUGGCAUCAUGUGCUCUCUUGGAAUUGACAGCAGAUAUAAUGAAGGGUGCACUGAGCUUGCAAAAUACCUGUUCUAUGGACUGUAUGGACGAAAUCAGCUGAAUCUGGAACAUGUCCUUGAGGAGUUUCCAGAGGAAAUGCUGGAUGAUGUCAUCCUACUGAUCAAGGCAGAGUGUGUUCAUCUGUACUGCAAUCCACUAAACUACAGUUACCUGCUGCCCUACGUAUCUCACUGGAGGAACCUGCAUCUUUACUGCAUGACAGAGGCAGAGUAUGAAGAUGAGGAAGCAGCAGAGGAAUUCAAAAUCUCCAGCUUUGUCACAAUGGUGCAGGACUGCUAUCGAAUCGGAGUUCCUUACAGCUCCCGGGGGCACAUCCAGAAGUUUGAUAUGUUUAUGGUGGAGAAGUGGCCUCUGAUUCAAGCGUUUGCCCUGGAGGGCAUUGGUGGAGGAAGUUUUUUCACGAUUAAAUACAAGCUCAUGGAUAUGAGUGAGAAGCUUUGGCAGGUGUACACCAGAUUGGACCCAGUGUCUCUGGAUAGUCUCCUCGCAGAGGACUUGGUUAACUUUGAGAAGCAGUGGAGUGGCUUUUUCUCCAGCAUGGACCUGGAGAGCCAUCUGUCCAUCCUAGAGCUGUCUGAAGCCCAGGCAGGGGAGGCGUUCCGUACUUACUACUCUCAUGGACUGAUCUCAAGCAACAUCACAGAUAAAAGUAAAAGUCAGCAGCCCUUUGUGCUGUUUGGGAAACAUUCCUCCUCAGAGGAUCUGGAGAGCUGUUCAUUCAACUUUCCCUCAGAGAGCCAUCAGGUCCGCAACACAGGGCCUCAAGGUUCGACAGCCAGACACAUGAUUCUUAAGUGUGUGGCUCCUAAAGGACCUCUAGCCUGCUCUCGAACCUAUUUCUUUGGGACAACCCACUCUCCCUACCUUGGAAAUCAAAACACGGAUCAAAAGAAAACAGAAGUCUUACUUUUGUCCCAGAUUUAUUCAGCUGCUGUUCAAGCAGUCCUUUCAGGAAUCAAAUGCUACUCCUGUACCUCCAGUGCUACCAAGGCUAAGGAUGUAGCAGAGAACACCUUUCUAGUGGCUUUGGACUCGAUGAAUCUAAAUCAGUAUCGAAGUUUUCUCAGGUCCAAAUGUGAAUUCAGCAUUCAAGCAGUGAACAAGCAGGGGAGGAUCAUUCCUCUGACUGAUGAAGAAAGCCGUUAUGUAGUAAAAACAGCCUCCAUGACCGUCCAUGACAUCCCAGACCUCCAGUGGGACAGGGGGGACCUGGGCUCCGUGGUCUUCUCUGAAUCCUUCUUAGAGUCCAGCAUCAAUAUUCAGCAGAAAGAUGGCACUGUGUCCUCAGACAGCUGCUACACCAUCCUGACGACAACUGUGCCUCGCUACGCCUGCUGGCUGAUGGAGUCUGAUGUAAAGCAGUCUGAGCAAGCCCAGCAUCUCACUAAGAAAGAGGACGACACUUGUUUGGGAACUGCUCUGACUGUGGCAGAUGCUGCUUAUGUAUUCUCCAGCAGCCAGCUCUCCACGCCUGAAGAAGGGAAGAUAAUUUUCUUCUCUGAGGGACUCCUGUUUAUCCAUUCUCAAUAUGGGAGCAUUACUCUGUCCAAGGAUCACAUCAACACCAUCAAGUUUUAUGAUCCGGACUCGAGCGCUGUGGCUUCUCUCUUUGUGGAGUAUGACAGCAGCCUGCUCCCGCACCUCCCGUUCCCUCUCCACAGCUCUGACCAGUGUCUGGUCUUUGCUCUUCAGCCCAGAUCUAAGAGCCACAGGGCUUUCUACUCCAAGGUGUUGUCAGUGUGGCAGAACUCCGAAUCUGGACUUACUCUGCAGUUGCUGAACCAAGAGCAACUGACCUGGAGCCAGAAAAACAUGCACACCAGACUGCAGAAGCUGCACGACAGUCAGGAGCCACCAGUGGCCAAACGCAGAGGCAGCUUGAAGACUUCAUACUCCCAGUUGCCAGAGCAGGACAUGUUUCUUCAGCACUUCGCCCUGAGUAGCAUUAGUCAGGAGCCCAUUCUGUAUGACCACCUGGGAGUGCUCUUCCCCUCUGCAGAGCUUAAGAACCCAGUCAAUGGCCAUGGAGACAAGGUUGUCAUUACCAUCAUCACUGGUCUGCCGGGAAGCCAUAAGAAGAGACUCUGCAACUUCCUGGUCCAGCUGAACAAGGAACGAGGAAGGUGGGUGGUGUACGAGCCUGGUCCUGACAGCUGUGACAGCUUCUCAGCCUCUCACCUCCAGCAGUAUUUGUCCAGCUUCCUGGAGAGCCAGAGAGGCCCAGGAGGCAAACCCCGUCUGUUGGUGCUCUCACCUGGAUACACAGAUGUUCUGGAUGUGGUCCAGGCUGUGCUUUUCCACCCUGACCCAGUUGUCCAAGCGUGUUUCACCAUUGGUGCUGUCACUGCCUGUGUGGAUCCAUUCGCUUCCUGUUUGGAGCACAGGUUUACAUUUCCUAAGCUGAUGGAGCAGUGCAGCCAAGGUAUUGUGAGUACAGUGGUGUUCACCGGGCUGACAGCAGAGCAGAAGCACCCUCUCAUGCAGUAUGUUCAGCAGCUGGUACGCUCUGCCAACCCCACUGCAGCCUUCAUACUCGCAGAGAGAGGAGCUGUCACCAGGACUGAAGAUGUGAAUCUGAUCUUGUCUGAGAGCAGCUUCAAUGAGCCACAGAUGCUGAGAGCACGUUAUGUCCUCUACCCUGGAUGGUGCAAAGGGCGCUUCUUCUCUGGUUCAGGGUCUCUGAUCCUCACCCAGCAGCGCGUGGCUUUCAACCGGCCCCUAGAGAGGCCUCUAUUUGUCACCCGCUGUAAAGCUUUCAAGUCUUCACUAAAGCCGAGCCCCUUCCGAGGAAACGUGUACAAUGUUUGGGGAAAAGUUCGAUUUUCUGACUCAGAACAACUGAUGGAGGUGAGCUACAACACGGUGAGUGGGAGCCUGAGCAUUGCCUCAGAACAGAGCGUUGACCCUCUCACCCCGGGCCCCAAAGAGACCGGCACUUCCUGCUUCAUGGUGUUUGAUGGUGUUGGCCUCACUGAGGAUGGAGUGAAGGACUGGCUCAGACUGUGCACCAAGCAGAGGCAGACAAAGAAGCCUAAGAAGACUAAAAACAGCCUUUCACCACACGAAAUCAAGACCAUACAUAUUAUCAGGCACUUGGAUCCACUACCUCCAGGCUACUUCUACAACGGUUGUCAAUAUGUCGACAUCUUUGGAGAAAAAAGGAAUUUCCAUCCCAACAUGGAAGAUUUUAUUAAAGCGUACAUCGCCGAGGCCAACAAGGAGAUCGAGAUAUUCAACCGUCAGCUGGAGCUGCAGGGACAGCCUGACCUGUUUGAUCCGUGAUAGAAUCUGUGUGUAUGUCCACCGCCUCCAUCUGUCUUAUUUAUCUCUAAGGCUACCACUGUGGGAGGGGCAGGGAGGGCGCAGGGGUUACGUACUCAACACUCCACUAGAAUGAUUAAUGUGUGUUCAUACCACAUGCAUCUGCAGAAGCUGCUGCUGCUAGAAACCCAGUUAUUAUCUAUGUACUAUGUCACUUUGUUUCCUUAUUUGGUGGCAUGAAAAGGAUGAGCGGAGGUGAGCGUUUGAGCAGUGACAUCAUCCAUCAGAAGCCAGUUAUGUCACGGCAUGGCUUACUUCCCUCUGCCACGCCACUGACUCUACAGUUAUCACUUUGGCAACUUAGGCAUCAUAUUUAUCAAAUGAAAGCGGCAGUUUGAUGCGGUCACUUGUGUUGAUUCAAAUUAAUGCACAUUUGUCAAGCAGUGAGAGUUGACUUGUUCACAACUGCAGGCGUAUCUGAAUCGUAACGCAACACAAGACUCCAUCUUUAAACCAGUGUGAUUGUGCCGCUAAGCCUGCAAGCUAUGAGACUUUCACAAUUGAAGGGAAUUUCCAGCCCCUCGCUCCUACAGCUUGUGCGUUUCUGUUUAUCACAGUUGGCAAAUUAAAGCCUCUAUUUCUGGACAGGCAUGGAUAGCCGUGUGAUUCUGGUGGGCUCCCUGGUGGGGUUUCUCAAGAAUCGCUCCUCCUCUGUUGUCACCCAAUCCAUGGCCCACCUGUUAGCUUGUCUGUGUGCCGUGCUGCAGCAGAGGGAGCGCUUGGCCAUGGAGCUGUAAACAUUGGACAGCCUGUUGGCUGCAGACAUCUGAUGAAUGAUGCCAUUAAUCACAUAGCUAUACGCCACCCCAGUGCUUUAUUUUAAGACUCCUAAAGUGAAUCUAAUGAAAGAACAAAAAAUAAAUAAAAAAUAAAAAUUCAGACUUCAGUCCCGGCAGCAAAGUGGUGCAGUUAUAAAACAGCUGAGGCCAAGAAACACACUGAAUCUGUUUAUUAUAAUGCUGCUAGUUUUAACAGUGAGAAACCAGGUAGACACAGAGUUAAGCUCAGCCUCACUGCAGCCAGCUCUGGAUCUUUCAGUUCACGGUUUUGGUCAAAAUGUUAAUUUAUUGUUAAAUUUUGUUAUAAGUGUAAACAUUCCCUCUUUUUUUUUUUUCAAAAUAAAUAUAUGGGUCACUACAUUUAGGUAGGACGAGGGGAAAAUGAAAUAAUCUGGGAAACUUUGGUGAGGUUUGGGUAAACAUGAGUUAGAGCCUUUAGUGAAAGGUGAAAGGCUUUGUAUUGAUGUGAUGUUGCAGAGAAUCAGUCUUGAUGUUCUGUUGAAAUCAGUAGUUAUGCUACUAUUUGCUCUGUGAUCAUGUGUCACACUAAUGUUCUAUGCAUGUCUUCCUCUUGCCAGGGUUCCUACACAGGUUUUGAAAUUCUGUAACUUCGUAGGGAAACGAAAAUUCUGUGGAAAACCCGUGUUGUUGUUGUUAUUUGAACAGCAACAGUUGAAUUAUUAAUUGUGAUGUCAAAAUCAAACAAAGCAUUAAAUACAUGGGAUUUGGAAGUUGAAAAUGUGUAGGAACCCUGCUCCAGUCUCUGGAGGUUUGAUGGCUUUCAUUCGUUAUGGGGUCAGCAGUGUAACAUGCAGACUAAUUAACAAUCUGGGUUUGUCUUGAGGGAGUUGAUGCUGACAAAGGAACAUUUGAAUGCACAUAUAAGCG